UUCAGGUUCGAAGAGCGACGUUUUAAGCGCAUGCGUCAGACGGUCACGUGGUCAUGUUCCAGGAAGCGAAGUGGGGAAUGUACAGCUGAGUCUGGAAAGUGCGUCAACAACACGACCGAGGGUUUCUGCUGGUUGGAAAACAUGGGGGCCAGCUGCUGAUAGAUGCAUAGAGUUUUACAGGAGGGAUUGUCAGCACCUGCUAGCAUGGAAACGUCAAAUUUUGCUCAUGUCAUCUUCCAGAACAUGGGGAAGAGCUAUCUCCCCCAUGCUGCCCUGGAAUGCCACUACACACUCACACAGUUCAUCAAGCCCCAUCCCAAGGACUGGGUUGGAAUAUUCAAGGUUGGAUGGAGCACAGCUCGUGACUACUACACCUUCCUGUGGUCUCCUCUGCCAGAGGUGUACACAGAAGGGACUGCAAUCAACAGAUCAGUGAUCUUUCAAGGUUACUACGUGCCCAACGAUGAUGGGGAAUUCUACCAGUUCUGUUAUGUUACUCAUAAAGGAGAGAUUCGUGGGGCCAGUACUCCUUUCCAGUUUCGUGCUAACAGCCCCACUGAGGAGGAGCUGCUCACUGUGGAGGAUGAGGGUGGAUCAGACAUCCUGGUUGUCACCACCAAGGCCAGCUAUCUAGAGCAAAAGAUGGAGGAGGUGCGCAUGGAAAAAGAGGAUUUGCUGAAGAGCAUGGAGCUCCUGCAGAAAGAGAGAGAUGAGCUGCUGGAAGAGAAAGACAGACUUCAGAAAGAGUAUGAGCAGGAGAAAGAGAACACUGCCCUGCUCAGGAAGGAAGUCCAGGAGCUACAGCUGUCCUCUCAAAGCCUACAGGAGGAGAGAGAGGAAGUGAAGAAGAGGAUGGAAGAGAAUACAGCACGGCUGCUGCAGCUAGAAGAUGAUCUUAUUGGAGUCACCCAGAAAGGCUUGCAGAAGGAGACAGAAUUGGACUGCCUGAAGGAUAGAGUGAAGAAGCUCACACUUGAGAAAGAAGCACUGGAGUCUCAGCUGAAGAAUGAGAAGGAUGAGAAAGAGCUCUAUAAGAUUCACCUGAAAAACCGAGAGCUAGAGAACACUAAGUUAAGUGCUGAGCUGCAGAUGCUGAGAUCAGUGGAUGUGAAUAAGGAGAACACCAUUGCGCAGCUGAAGGAGGAGCUGGCCCGAGCCAAAGCCUGCCUGGCAGAGAAAGACAAGCAGCAUCGCCAGCUACUGGCUAACAGUUCUUCCUCGGGGGAGAGCAAGGCCCUGCGGGAACAGUUGAGGCAGAAAGAGGAACAGUUGCAGGCCACUCAGCAACAGGCUAAUAUGCUUUCUGCAGAGCUGCGGGACUCAUCCAGCUCACGAGAUCGCAGCAUGGCUGAGCUCUAUCGUGUCAAGCUGGAGGCUGACACGCUCAGACAGGGCCAGGCUGAGGCACGGGCUGAGUGCAGUCAUCUGGAAAAACAAGUGGAGGAAAUGAAGACUUCAGCCACACAGGAAGCACAGCGUAAAGAGUCUGAGGAUUUGGCUGUGGCAGAGCUGCAGAGGGAAGUGGAAGACUUGAAGCUCAGGUUGCAGAUGGCUGCCGAACAUUAUAAGGAGAAAUACAAGGAAUGCCAGAGACUGCAGAAACAGGUGGUCAAACUCUCUGAGCAGCAAGGGGCAAAGAGAAGUCCUGGUUUAGAUGCAACGACUGGCCCCUUGUCUGCCAGCCCUGAGGCAUCUGUUCCAGGAAGCCCAGGCUCAUCAGACAAUGUGCUGGAUGCUAUUAUCCAGGGCAAGCUGAAGGGUGUCAGUAAGGAUGUGUUUGAUAAAAGCGACAAAUACAAGAAGUGCAAACAGAUGUUGUGUGAGGAGAAAGGCCGCAAUGGCAUGCUCAUGGAUGAGCUGGCUAAACUUGAGCUGAAGUGGAAAGAGCAGGUGAAAAUCAACGACAGCCUAAAGCUGCAGCUGGCCGCUGAGGAGGACCGCUACAAGAGCCAGGUAGCAGCCAAGGGUCGUGAACUGAAGGAGCUGAAGGACAGCUUCGCUGCUUUAUCCAAAGAGAAGGAGAAACUUGAAGGGCAGGAGCUGCAGAGAAGUGCUAGCCAUGAGGAAGAGGAGGAAGAGGGGGAUCCUAGUUUGGAUGUGCCACCAGUGUUUCUGCAGUAUCCCCUGCCAUAUCAGCCAGAUGUCCCCUCUCCUUUACUGGUGGCCCAGCGUCCUACAGAGCUGAUGUUUGGAAACCCAUACACCUCUGAAAGCAGGGACAGUGCAGAUGGAGAGUUCUCAGAUGAUCAGAUGCCUAGGCUUCCUCCUGUAGGACCUCCAUCUUGGGACAGUAACGUGGUGUGCAGCCAGCCUGCCCGCAACCUGAGCCGUCCCGAUGGUCUGGAGGAACCAGAGGAGCAGGCAAACACCCAAACUAACGACCAGGCCGCUGUCAGUGAGCCGCCCACCCACUUCCUCAACGAUGGACAAAUGCCAUUCUGCUUUGAAACCAGCGAGGAGUUACAGAAGCGCUGUCCGCUCUGUGAGGUCAUCUUCCCACCGAAUUACGACCAGUCCAAGUUCGAGGAGCAUGUGGAGAGCCACUGGAAGGUGUGUCCCAUGUGCAGUGAGCAGUUCCCUCUAGACUGCGAUCAGCAGCUGUUCGAGAAGCACGUGCUCACCCAUUUCGAUGGCAACAUACUCAACUUCGAUUAGACCAGCCGGAGAGAAAAUCUUUACCGCAUUUAUAUUAAUUCAUUUAGAUCACUUCAUAACUUCAGCCAUUAACUCGUAGCCGCAUGUUACGCUGUGAGCAUUUACUUCGAAGCAAUCGGUUAAUAAGCUCAUCGACUUUCUCUUUGCUAAGGAAUUGUUUUUAAGAUCGCAAGAUCAUAAGGUGGGUGGGGUCACUAGAACACAAUCGAUUAAAGCUACUGCAGAAUUGACAGUACAGGAUUUUUUUUUCCGGGGUGCUAUUUAUUAGUAUGGGUUUGUUCGAAGAAGGCUUUACAGACUAACUUCACCGUCACGUUGUCAAACGCAUUAUCGAGUAGCCAGCGUAACAUCUUAACAACACACGUAAGUGCAAGCACUCGCCACACUUCUCUGAACUAAAUAUGUCAGGUAUGAAAUAAUUUCCCUCUGUGCUGAUCUAGCACAGUUCUGUACUGUCAGGGCAAAAUACUAGUUUAUACACAACAAGCUGAUCAUAUAGUCAUAAAAUCUAUUUUAGAAAAUGCUUUUAAAUAUCUCAUUACAAGUACAGGCUAUAAGGAGCAAGAUAUUUCUUUUUCUCUAUUUAAUUCAACUGAUUCUUUAGCCAUUAUAUUUUAGUUGCAUGCUUGUCCUCUCACUGUGCACUGAAUUCAAAACCUCUUGAUCUGUUUUUUUGUUUUGACAAGCCUGGUUUCAGACUAAAAUACAUUUUUGAAGGAAGCUCAUAUAUAAAUGUUUUAGUUCAAGGUAAUGUUCAAAACAGUUUGAUGUCCGAAAAAUGAAGCGAGAGAGACCUUUAAUAAUCAUCCAGCACAGAAAGAUACUGCAUUUAUUACUCAAACCUGUACACAGCACUGCACUACUGAACAUCAGCCAGCGCUAGACUCUGUCUCAGUUAACCAAACUACUAUGUUUACUUUGAUUUAAGUUAAUAAUGUCUUCUAGUUACCAUUUUUUUCCUCUUGUGUGUCUUCUUACUCUGAUAUUCACCAAUAAAGUUUUGUUUGGAACAAUA